AUGAGUUCGAUGAUGGUUGGUAGAUCCACCUUAAGGGUUGGGAUUUUAAAGCCAAGGAUAAUUAGAUUCAAUCAUUUUAAAUAUUCUACGUCAAGUGAAAAUGUUAAGAAGGAGGACAUGAAAAAGAGUCCAGAACAGGCUAAGAAGGAAGCUGCAGAGUUAGCUAUGCAAUCGAUUAAAGAUUUAGGCGGCCUUUUCUCUUCUUCAUCAUCUGAUGAUGCUACUCAACCGAUUGAUACUAAACCCAUUUUUCAAAAUCCAAAAUUGUUUGGAAGUUUAAGUUUACUCCAUCAAGGACAAGUAUUGAAGGAUUUGCAAGCUAAAUUUGAUCUGAAAUGGACUAAGUUGACUUUAGAAGAUAAGAAAUUAGGUUACUAUAUUUACUUUGGGGACUGGGGUGUUAGGGAAGACUUUAAGAAUUGGAAGACCAAUGAACCACCUUAUGAUUUGCCAUUUCAUAUACCCAGUAAAGUGAAAACCACAAAACCAACAAGCACAACCAAGAUUAAUAAGAUAGACCCUCCUGUGAUAUUGUCUGAGACACCGGUUAGAAUUAAGCAAUUUGAUUUUAAAAGAGUAGAUGGCGUUUCGAAGUUUUUCAUUUAUUUGACUAUAUUUAUAUCCAUGUUUGCAAUCUAUAGAGACAAGAACUACGGUGAAGAAUUCAAACCUACAGAAGUUGUAAUUGAGGAUGAGUAUGAAACUCAAAGACAAGCCAGGCAAGAGCAGUUAGAGCGUGAGCUUUUGAAUAAAAAGCUCGAGGAAGAAAAGAAGCUGGCCCGUAAAUGGUAUUACUUAUGGUUUAAAUAA